GACGCGUCGCGCCCACAGCGCCGGCUACGUUGCGGGAAGGGAAGUCAGCCCCGCGGCUGCUGGGCUUGGCUGCUGGGCGGAGGUGGCGCGCUAGCUUGGACCCCUUGGAGGCCGCCUCGGGGCUCCAGGAAGAUGUUACCAAGUAUUUCAGUGAAUUCUCCAGUGCAGGGGAACGGAGCGUUGAACUCCAGGGAUGCAGCAAGACACACAGCUGGAGCAAAACGCUACAAAUACCUGAGAAGACUUUUUCGUUUUCGGCAGAUGGACUUUGAAUUUGCUGCAUGGCAGAUGCUCUACCUAUUUACUUCCCCACAGAGAGUUUAUAGAAAUUUUCAUUAUCGAAAGCAGACAAAGGAUCAGUGGGCCAGAGAUGACCCUGCUUUCUUGGUCCUGUUAAGUAUUUGGCUCUGUGUGUCCACUAUAGGAUUUGGCUUUGUUCUGGACAUGGGAUUUUUUGAGACGAUAAAGCUGCUCCUUUGGGUUGUAUUCAUAGAUUGUGUAGGCGUUGGUCUGCUCAUAUCAACUUUAAUGUGGUUUAUCUCUAACAAGUAUUUAGUGAAACGGCAAAGCAGAGACUAUGAUGUGGAGUGGGGCUAUGCCUUCGAUGUGCAUCUGAAUGCUUUUUAUCCUCUCUUAGUCAUUCUGCAUUUUAUCCAGCUUUUCUUCAUUAACCAUGUUAUCCUGACAGACACAUUUAUUGGAUAUUUUGUUGGAAAUACCUUGUGGUUGGUGGCAGUGGGCUAUUAUAUCUACGUAACCUUCUUAGGAUACAGUGCAUUGCCAUUUUUGAAAAAUACAGUAAUUCUUCUUUACCCAUUUGCACCUCUCAUUCUGCUCUACGGCCUGUCACUAGCGCUAGGAUGGAACUUCACCCACACACUGUGUUCCUUCUACAAGUACAGAGUGAAAUGAAGGCAGUGUUGGUGAAGUGACGACUGCUUCCAAAACUGCUCUCUGCUGUUCUUCUAUCAAGGGUAUGGCAAUAUAGUAAAAAUAAGCAUAAAGAUUAAUCUACAAACCAAAAUAAAAACAAGCUUCAUUAGCAUUAAUGGCUUGGAAGGAGAGAAGUACUUUGGAAAACACCUGCAAAGUACAAAAAUUUGGUUGGCACAUACAGGAUUUGCUCUGUUCUUACACAAUAAAGUAAGUUUUGGGUUAAAAAAAAAAGUAUGUUCUUCAAUGCAGGGUAGAUUAUCUGAUCUCUAUGAAAAGGCAGAAAUUUUUUUUCUCUCCUAAUAUUUAAAGUACCACUGUUCAUCAUUCUUAAAUAAUAUACUGAACAAGCUCAGAGCAGAAUAAAUCAGCACAAAGUAAUACCUCUCCCAGGAAAAAGAUUCCAUAUACACUGGGUCCUCGUUCUGGAAUGAGAACAAUCCUGUUCUAGCAGUUUUUUUGUUUUUUGUUUUUUGUUUUACAAAACAUUGCUACGAUACUCCCGAGUUUUUGGCAACAAACUUCCAAUCAAGACUACUUGAGAUUCUCAGGCAGAGAAACCCCAGAGGUGGCCCAGGUGUAGGUUUGCUAGUGUGAGACUUGACUCCCGUGGUUAUCAACAUCUCCAGGCUAACUAUAGGGAAACAAGUAUGAAGACUUUUCCUCCUCACCUCUUUUAAAUACUAUAUUCAUUCUCUAUUGCUGCAUAACAAAUCACCACAAAUUCAGAGGCUUAAAACAAUACCUAUUUAUUAUCUCACAGUUCUGCAGGCCAGAAGUCAGGGCGGGCUUGGUUCGAGUCCUCUGCAUGGGAUCUCACGAGGCUGGAGUCACGGUGUUGGCGGGGCUGGGCUCUCAUCUGCUGGAGAAGACUCUAGUUGCAAGCUCCCUCAGUUUGUUGACUGAUCGAGUUCCUGUGGCUGUAGGGCUGGAGGUUUGGGUCCUGUGGCUGUCGGCGGAGGCCUCUCUCAGCUCCUGACAAGCAACUGCAUUUCUUCUCCUGGGGCCCCUCCAUCUUAAAUCAGCAGUGGUGCCUCGAGUCCUUCUGCUUUGAAUCUGACUUACGCUACCAGCCUGAGAAAACUCUGCUUUUAAAGGGCUCACAGGGUUAGAUUAGCUGAACAUGAUUAUGGGUGAGAGUCAUGGCUUCCGCCCACACGCAAAAGGGGAGGAUCUCAUCUACGGUACCUGAAGGUCACCUGGAGAAUGCUGGCUACUACAAAUAGACAAUGCCAUUGAUGAGAGCAAUCACUCCAAACGUGCUGUUUCCAUAUUAACCAAACUUGCCUUUGAGGACAGCAGUGUUGGGAGACCACCUUUUGGUGACCAUAACAUCGAAAAGAAGCCUUCAGAACGUUGCUGAAGGUUUUGAAAUAAGGACACCUUCUGAUCACUUACUGGUGCAACCCCUGAUCUGAAAAGCUGUACCUUUUCCAAAGACCUCUCCGUGGCUGAAUUAAUAUACACACACGUGUCUACAGCCUGCCUGCCAAAUCAUCCACGUGCACUUUUUCCAAAAACUUUUCAAUCUCACUGCCUGAAACCACUGUUCUUGUUUGGCGGCACGGUAGGACCCUGUGCGUGUGUAAAGAGCACGUGAGACUUAGAGAACUCAGAAAUCUGGGGUCUUAGAAUCCCAGAAACAGUCCUCAACCUUCUCACCUACAAUAAUCAUCAUCUGCACUGUGAUGUAUUCUGCUUGUCUGCUUUUAUCCUCCUCGUCAGAAUUCAUUACUCUGCUUUCGCCAUUGUCCACAUUAGCACUCCUUACACAGUGCUGUCCCAACAGAACCUUCUGCAAUGACAGAAGGUUCUCUAUCUGUGCCUUCCAGUCUGGGGGCCACGAGCCACAUGUGGCUGAUGAGCACUUGAACUGUAGCUAGUGUGACUAAGGAGGUGAAGGUUUUAUUAAUUUAAACUUAAACAGCCACUAUGUGUCUACUAGCUACUGUACAGGACAGCAUGGCUCUAGAGUUGACAGUUUAUGUGAAAUACAUAACCAGAUGCAAACCAGGUUUCAUUUAUCUCUAUAUAUUACUAAUUAAAUACUGGACACCACUGGACACUGUCCCCACUCCCUAUUCUGGUAAAAGUGGUUCAGUGUCUCUCGAGGCCAAGUCUAUCCUUCCCUCAGUCCCAGGUACUCUUCACCUCCUCUACCGUUCUGUCCCCAGACUUCACCCCCCAACUACUCUCAAGGGCUACCCCUACAGGGUCUUGCUUGAGGAAAGCAUGGCUGUUUCUAAUGGUCUAGAGAGGAAGUGGGGGCAGGAAGAGACCAACAAGAUGAUUGGGGCGCACCUGCUGCCCCAGGAGACAGGAAGGAUGAGUUACAGGCCUACCCCAGGAGCCUGAAGCCUGGUUGGUGGGAGAAUGUGCGCACGCACAUACGCACACACUCGCCAGGAACAACCAAAAACUCGACAGCUGAGCGUGUACGUAAAUGUGUGGCGAGGAACGUAGGGAGUUAAAAAGAAAGAGGAGUGUGGGCUGGGACAGUUGGUCCCCUCGUACAGCCCCGGACUGGGCACCUGCCACAUGCCAGGCACUAUUCCUGGCACGACUAGGCACUGGUUAACACUUCAUGGGAGGAGUGCACGAGAGAGUCUGUGAAAGGUGGGUGAGAUUUGGCUCAAAGUUCAAAGUAUUCUCAGGAACUGGAGGGGAGACCGAGCAGGAGAACAGGAAGAAGCUGGCUAGUACGGCUCACAAGUCUAAAGACUGAGCAUCCCUCACUAAAGGCGAGGAGGUAACAGUCACCUCCCUGAUCUUCAGCGCAUGGUCCUAAAUCAGAGUGGGCUACUGUGGAAGGGAAAUGAGAGGCCUUCUCAACCCACCCCAGAGCUUUCCCUCCUGACACUUGGCUGGUGAGCAGUUAGCAUGUUCAACAGCUGCCAAAGUUUUAUAAUGAAAGGUUAUUCUUUUCAAAUGAAAUGGGCCUGGGCUCAGGCCAGGGAAAUGUGAGGACAAAAUAAAAAGUAAAUUAAAGAAAGUGAAAAGUAAAUCUAAAAAACCCAGUAAAAAUGUUUCACUUGACUUGGACAUAAAAAUUAUUCAUGGCAAUGUGUAACUUUUUAAUCAAGGAAAGUAACUGAUGAUUCCAGUAGGAGUAAUGGAAAGAACUGUACCCUAUCCAUGUUUCCCAACAUUUUUCACUCCGUCACACUGUACAGAAAACAAGGCUCACUGGAAGCUCUUUGUUCAGCAUCCUGGGUAACCGCGGGAAGCUCCUCCUCUAGGUAAGGGGCAACUAGCCGGCACCUCCAGCCCCCCGAGGCCUCAGCCACUGGAUAGUCCGAGAGCUCAGGGGAUCAAUCUCUGCACAUCUCUCUGGAACCCACCUGCAACCCCCCGGAACUGAUGCUGAUCAUUUCGGGACUUCUUAAAAGUAAAAUACUUUUGUAAAGGUCACUGAUUGCUAAGGCUGAUAGUAUUUUUGUUUACAGUAGUAAUAACAUUUGGAAUUGCAUGAUUAAGAGCAAUAAGUACUCUUCAGAUAUGAAUUUACCUGUAAGUUCAUAAUGCCAACAGAAUAAAUCAUUUUGCAAAAACAUACAACUGCUACAGUACCUCUCCCUAAAAACCAGUAUUACCAUUUUUUCUGUUAAAUUCAAUGAUUUUGACUCAUACAGUAACAUUACCUAGAAAACGUCAGAACUCAUUAAAUGGGUGCAGAUAUAAAAGGAUCAACAAGAGAGAAUGCAUCUAACUCAUGGAUCAAAGACACAGAUUUAAAAAGAAAAAAGAGUUUGUCAUUUUACACAUCAGAGGAAAUGAGUUGAGUCCAUGAUAAUUUGGGUUGAAUGCAUGACCCCUGCACAUUAAAAUUUAUCAGACUGAUUUUUUACACCAUAAACAGCAUAAUAAAAUAACCCUCAAGAAGGACAUUGGACUUUAAAAUCUUGGCUUUAAGGAAUGACAAAUGCCUUUGAAAAUAUUUUGUUCAGAAUCACUGCAAUUAUAAAAGUACUUCAGUUAGGAAAUCAAUCUAGAAUCAUUCUUAAAUGGCAGUGCAUUUGAAAAAUGGCAUUAAUUUGUAAUGUUUGCAUUUCAAAGAAAAAUAUAGAAAGAACUUAAAAAAGCAAGGUAACUUUUCAAAAAAAGUAUUGAUUCAAAAAUUUACUGCACAAAAAUAUGUACUUCUUAAAUGUUUCUAAUAAAUUAACUCCAUAACAUUUUUAUGUAUAUUUAUAUAUUUAUAUAUAUAUAAUCCCUGAUAAUCUAUAAAAGAGGGUCUAUAAUAGUAAAAUAAAUGAACUUCAAAAGUACCCCCUUCAUAAAAUGUAUUUAACAUUAAUUUUUCUCAAAUUUAAGGAAUGUAACAAUAUGUACAACUCUUAUGUAUAAUACCAAAAUAGUACAAGUCAUAUUAACAGCCUGUCAUAACUGUAAAAUGUUUGAGUCAAGUUAAAAUUGGAGGACAGCUUAGGUUCAAAUGAAUGCAAUUAUCCAUGGGAGGUUCACUUUCCAAGUGGAAAUGACAAUCAUCUUAUCUACAGUAGAUUUCACAAGAGGUAGUGUUCAAGUAAAAAAAAAAAAAAAAAA